CGUCACUGUGUAUUUUGCCGGCAUGUGUAUGUGCGUAUGCCAAAUUGGCCAGGUUUAGCAGGUACAUAUUCCCAGAUAAUGCAUAUCAUGAAUACCAAAACGAGAAGGUAAGAAUUAAAUCUGUCCGAGUCCCAGUUUCUCAAUUUCUGUGUAUUUUACUGAUUUACUUGUACAAAUCGAUUCAUUCUUUACCCUGGAAUGAUUGACACAUUAAAUUUCAACCUUACACUAAAAAACAAACACGUAAUCUGACCUGCAUUUACUUAAGUAAUAAAUUAAGUUAAUUCUGUGUACGUAAUAAAUCUCGAGGGAAUCACGCAUACGCCAUGAUUGGAAAUUCUCAACAAUAUUCCCUACUUUUUCUCGCCGUGGUGACCAUCUUAUUUAUUUUCUCUCUAAACAAAAACUACAUUGGGAGUGAAAGGUCGCAAAUGUGGGUGUUUAAUUUGAACGAGAAUAAAUUGUCUGCUUCAUCGAGACACGUUUUUAACGAGUCAGAAAACGAGAAGGAGGUAAAACUUGCAGAAUACAUGAGAAAUAUGCAAGCCUUUAGCUCGCCUAACUUUGAAUCUCUUAAUUCAAUCACCAACAAAUCAUACUACAACAUCCUUCCGCCUAGCGAAGUCUCACCAUCUCCAUCCUCCACCCCUUCGCCCCCUUCUCUAAUCCCCCCCGCCAUCCUCCUCGGCCUCAAAGGCGGCAUAGGAAACCAACUCUUCGAGUACGCGUGUCACUACGCCCUCGCCAGGAAACACGACCUUCCCCUUUACAUCAAACUCAACGCCGCUCUUCGCGCCAAACUAAACCUAGUCGUCUCACAUGACCCCAACGCAACAACGCCCACACCCAUCCGCCCGCUAAGCGUUACUGACCGUUCCGUUGCCCUCUCCGCCUUCAAAAUUCCCCUCUUCCCCUGGAACACGAUCGACGAAACGUUCACAAUUCCUCGCCAUAGGAACAUCGCAGAUUCUGCAAUUCUCGCUGGAUCUUACUCCACGAAUGGAACCGUCCUCUGGGGAAGUGACUAUUGCCAAUCUGAAUUUUAUUUUUCUCCAUAUCGCGACGAAAUUCGGGAAAUUUUCAAAUUUCGCGGGGAUGCAUUCUUGUCCGACGAGGCCCGCGCGUGGGACGACAUUAUUUCCCAGGAAGGCACCACCAUCGGUAUCCACGUCCGUCGGGGCGACUUUAUUAGGAUUAAUGCUACAAUUCCCAUCUCCUAUUAUACCGGGGCGCUUAGCGCGUUAUUCGAAAAACUUGGGGAACCUGAGAAUAUAUCGUUAUUUGUAUUUUCCGACGAUUUAAAUUAUGCAAAUCAAACUUUUGUACCAUAUUUGUCAAAUUUUAGCGAUUUUUCCAACCAAGAUAUUUACAUUGUGUCCGAUCCGACGAGAUUAACGAGUCUGGAGGAAUUUUAUCUGUUAUCGAAAUGUCAGCAUUUUAUAAUUCCGAAUAGUUCUUUCUCCUGGUGGGCGGCUUAUUUAGGUGGCGGGAAGGAAAAAAUCGUUUAUGCGGCGCAUUUUAGGGAGGAUUUUAUUAAAACGUUAUACCCCGGUGGGGGCGAGAGGCAGACGUACUACGUUUGGCAGUACAGAUAUAUUUACUAUCCGAGUGGGUGGAAUGCUGUAGAACCUGAUUGGGCGGAACCGGAAGUUAUUUAAUGUUAGCUAGUUAUUUUCGUAUCGGUAAAAAUGUAUGUAUUUUUAUUUUUUACACAAAUAUUUAUGUACAGCUAACCUGCUUUUUAAGGUAAAUAAAUGUAUAUACAAUUAUAUUUAGGAAAUAUAUUUGCACUAAACGUAUGUAGAUAUGUAUGUAUGUACAUAGUAUAUAUGCAAGACAUACGUAAAUUGUCCAUAAUUCAUAUUUAAAUACUCGAUAAGUAUUAAUGUACAUAUAUAGUUACAUGCAUAUGUAAAUGACAUGCACAGUAGGAUGAAGGGUCUCAGAACUUAAAAGCUGAGGUCACUGCGGUCUUAAAAUGGAAAUAGGACCUGGUGUCUGUAAAAGUAGCUGUUUUUAUUUUAUGCGCAUAUUGUAAGAAUUGAGGA